CACUCGGCCGGCUAGUCUAUGGUAUCAUCUCCACGCUCUGCCUAUGUGCUCUGUCCUUUGCAUUAGGUCUUCGGGUAAAGCAAUUCAAGAGAAAGGAAAGAUUCCCGUUUGCCUGGAUACUUUGCCAUGUGCAGACUGUGGUGGCCAUGAUGCUUGUUAUCUCAGGCGCGAUCCUAGUGUACGGCCUCAAUCUCACCACUUGGAAGCAAUGUCGGGCAUCGAUCACAGUGUGUCUAUUCUUGUACUUCUUUUCGAAGGUUCUACUAUAUAUCUUCUACCUGGAGAGGAUACACAUUGCACGCCAACCUCUUGUGCGAAGAUGCGACAGAAUAUGGAUUGGCGGCAUGAUCAUGACCGUUGGAUUUUUCGGAGGCAUGGCGAUCUGGUGCCUCGCCACACCUCACUCUGCUAUCAGUGUACACGAUGGUCAUUGUCGGAUAGGAAGCGAUAUGAUACCAUCCUACACUACCUUUUCUACUGACAUUGUCAUCAAUUUCUCACUCACAGGCGUCUUCAUUUGGCUGAUCUUACCUAUUUUGAAAAACCAGGCACGAGGUCCAACGACUAUCCUCAAUGAAUUCUCACGGCCUCCUGCUCUAGAUCAAUUUGGACUUAGGGGAGUCCUGCGCAGCAAUGCCGAGAGAGACGACCCACUUGCUUCCAGUGUCAAGAAAAUGCUUAGGAGAAAUAUCAUUGGAUCUGUCUUGACAUUCGCAGCCGGCGCAAUCAACCUAAUCGUCUACUUUGUUGAUGCGACUAGUCAAAUCGCAUUUGUUUGUUACACGAUGUGCAUUAUCGACGUGGUGUUUGGAGUGCUGGUCGUCCAAUGGCUAACGUUCGGGUCAUACGAACCAGAUUUGGCCUUCAAUCAGCCGUUCGGUCUCGCUAAUGUCGCGAACUCACAGAUAGCGUAUGCCGCUGAUCACAGUAUGCCUGAGCGCAUCAACAUCCCCAAUCAAAAAUCAGGAAUGGAAUCAAGAUGCGCUAUGAACUUCAUUACUAUGGCUGAGGAUCCUGAAACUUGA